AUGGAUGCUUUAUCACGCCAGGAGUACCCUUCUAUGCUGGAGCGCCUCCAGCCAGCUGCAGCCGUUACGAAGUUUAAUGAACGUGUCAAGAGGAUUGGAAAGGUCAAUACGGAGAUAGCAGAUUGGCUUCUGGAACGCCGGAAGGUCGAGGAAGCAUAUGUCGCGGGUCUUAAAAAGCUUGCCCGGAGGUCAUUGCAAGAAGUAGGAGGGGAACUUGGCAUAUUCGAUUCACCAUGGAAGAAGAUCGUCGGGUCCACCGAGGAGAUCGCAAGCUCCCAUUACACCCUAUUGCAACGGAUCGAGAAGGAUGUCGAGGAGCCAUUGCGAGCAUUCAGCACGACCAAUCGAGAGAUGCAGGCCAUGUCUACUGUACAAGGGAACCUGUCCUCUAUGGCUAAGGAACUACAAGAUGCGCAAGAAAAGGCCGACAAGUUGAGCAAGAGAGGCGGCAAGGCGAGCGCGCAAAAGGUAGGACAAGCAUCUUCGAAGCUCCAAACCGCCGAAUCACAAUGGGACUCCCAGGCGCCGUUCAUAUUCGAAAGUCUCCAAGCUCUGGAUGAAACACGUCUAAACCACCUUCGAGAUGUCCUUACUCAAUUUGAAACCCACCAAGCCGACCAAGUUGAGCGUAACAGAAUUACAGUAGAGCAGACUUUGAGCUCUUUACUAGAGAUUGACACAGCCCAGGAAAUAAGGAAUUGGUCUUCACAGGCUGUUGCCGGAAAACCCAUCACCGAGCGAAAAGCGAGGCAAUUAUCAACUACCGGAAGCACUGGUGUUCCUGCAACACCAUCAAUAUCCAGCAUGCCUCCUCCGCCAACACCACGGUCUACGCAUACUACGCAUACUUCUCAUACAGAUGAUCGAAGUGAGCAUUCAAACCGACCCCAUAAAGAGAGCUUAAGAAGUCGAGUUGGUACAAUGGUUGGGAGACGGCGCCAAAGCAUACAUGGAGGGUUUGGCCGAGCUCCUUCGCCCUCAAAGGGCGGUUUCGUACCAUUCGGACGAGAUUCUCCAAAUCGAGAGGGACGUCCAUCCCCUUCUCCGCGUGCUUCAUCGAACAACUUACGCGACUCACCUUCUCAUGAUAAUCGCCUAUCAUCACUGGCAGAAUCACCACCACUCCGCCGUCCAGCUUCACCAACCAAUGGUACGAAUGGUUUCACACCAGAAACAUCGCAUAUAUCAAGCGCGAUUCCAACGGCUAAUGGUACAUCAUCAUCGGCUUUAGCUGACUUAUCUGAUGUGCAACCUCCACCUGGACCACCCCCAUCUCAUCUGAAUGAAGCCCAAAAAGAUGCCGAGGGGUACACCGUACCAGGGAUGAUGAACGAUCCGAUUUCGCUAGCAGAGAGUGAAGCACAUGACGGCAACGAGCCUCAAUUUAAGCUUGAUAUCCGUGCAGACCCAAUACCUGAACAAGAUGCAGAUGCUCAGGCUGCGCUCUCAAAUGUUGCCAAUACCCUAAGGUCUGCUAAGAUGGUCCCUCCAGCUCGAAAAGUCGGCACUAUCAGGGGACGAAGAGAUGUUAGAAACACCAUAUUUGUUCCUUCUACGUCGAAUUCGUUGGAACCAGGGGGGCAUGAACCAAUGCCCCCGUCACCCGGAAUCCCCGCAGGUAGAGCUGCAGCUCUUGCGGCUUUGUCAUCGAAUGAGCAUCAUUCUGCACCGAGUGUUUCUGAUUCAACAUCGAUCCGUUCAGGCCAUUCACUUAAUAACCACCCUGCCAUUAGGCAUGUGGAAAUGCACCAACCGGGUCUGAACUCCUCGAUAAUUGAGACUAUAAGUGCUUCAUUUGAGAAUGGAGUUGUGAAGACAACUAAGGUCAGCGGCGAGAUCGCCUUGACUUAUAAUAAGAGCACCACGACCGAAGAAUCUCCAUUCCCUUCAGAAAAUGAGACGGUUCGCAUUAAUAACUUCUCAAGUCUCGAAGUCAUUGGACCAAACCGGACUUUCAUCCACCCGGCCUCAAGCGACAUUACCGACCAGUACACAAUCGACUUAAACACGAUUUCUUCAAGGUCCAUACCGGCAUUCACCUACCGUGUACACAUAGACGACUCCAAUCUAGCCAGUCAAUGCCCCUUACUCCUUAAGCCAGCUUGGAAGCCCCAAGGUGACAAACUCAACCUACUCAUUGAAUACUCCAUUAACCCUGCCUGCGGGGUUAGUUCACUAACCUUCACCAACCUCGUCCUCAUGGCUAUCUACACUGGCGCUCGUCCCACAGCUUGCCAGACCAAACCUACCGGCACGCAUCUUAGUGCUAGAUCCCUCGUCUAUUGGCGUCUUGGCGACGUGACCUUAACCCACGAACCGCACAAAGUAAUUUGUCGUUUAAUAGGUGCCUCGGAACCCGGACAUGUGGAGGCAAAAUGGGAAGUUCAUAGCGAAAUUGGCGAAGGUGUAGGUAGUGGCAUUUCGCUCUCGAGAUUUGAGGCUGGGAAGGGGAAGGAGAGGGAGAUGGACGUUGAUGAUCCGUUUGCGGAUGAGGGCUUAGCUAGUCCGGUGGGAAAUUGGAUUGACGUUCCGCUGGCGAGGAGAUUUGCGAGUGGGAAGUAUGAGGCUAGGUAG